AUGGGAAGUAAUUGCAUUCAUGAAAACACUUGUUGAAUAGUUUAAGUGCUUUUGUAAACUAUAGUAUAAAACAAUUAAAGAAAUGUCUGGAAGUAUAACUAUAAAUGGUGAUAGCUAUGAAGUUAACUUGGCAACUCUACCGGCCGACAUAAGCUUGAAUACUUUUAUACGAGAGCAUGCUGGACUUACGGGCACCAAAUUCAUGUGCCAAGAAGGCGGUUGCGGUGUCUGCGUCUGCGCCUUGAGCGGCAUUCAUCCGGUGACCGGCGAGCUUUGCACCUGGGCGGUCAACUCUUGCCUAACACUCCUCAAUACCUGUUUGGGAUUAGAAGUAACCACCACGGAGGGAUUGGGUAACAAGCGCAAGGGCUAUCAUGCGAUCCAGCAACGCCUCACCAAGAUGAACGGCACCCAAUGCGGCUACUGCUCGCCGGGAUUCGUUAUGAAUAUGUAUGCACUGCUUAAGUCUACGGGCGGCAAGGUGACAAUGGCCGAGGUGGAGAAUUCGUUUGGCGGCAACAUCUGUCGCUGCACCGGCUACCGGCCCAUACUGGACGCCAUGAAGUCCUUCGCCGUGGACAGCAACAUCCAAGUGCCGGCGGAAUGUGCAGAUAUCGAGGACUUAAGCAAUAAAACGUGCCCCAAGACCGGUGAACUUUGUGCUGGCAGCUGCAAGAAGCAGCCGAAGAAUGUUCAACUCUAUUCCGAUGGCAGUCGCUGGUAUUGGCCACAGACAAUAUCUACGCUCUUUGAGGCACUCCAGCAGGCUGAAAAAGAGCAGCUGCCUUACAUGCUUGUAGCUGGCAAUACGGCUCAUGGCAUUUACAGACGCAGUGCGGAUAUUAAGGCCUUUAUCGAUGUGCGUGCUGUGGGGGAGUUGAGAGGCUACAGCUUGAAGGAUAAUGCCUUGUCUUUGGGCGGUAACCUGAGUCUCACUGAGACCAUGGACAUAUGUCGCAAGUUCGAGAAGACUGCUGGCUUUGAGUAUCUAUCACAGGUGUGGUUGCACCUGGACUGGAUUGCCAAUGUGCCAGUACGCAAUGCGGGCACCUUGGCAGGCAACUUGUCGAUCAAGCAUGCACAUCCCGAGUUCCCCUCAGAUGUCUACAUUGUGAUGGAGGCUUUGAAUGCAAAGGUGAUCGUUCAAGAGUCGGCAUCAAAGCAGGAAGCCAUCAGCUUAGACAGCUAUUUGAAACUCAACAUGCAGGGCAAGCUUAUUCGUGGAUUUAUUCUUCCAGCUUAUUCCAAGGAGGAAUUCAUUUUCGAUUCCUAUAAGAUCAUGCCACGUGCUCAGAAUGCUCACGCCUAUGUCAACGCUGGAUUCCUGGUCGAGAUGGAUGCCAACUCUCAGGUGAAAAGUGCCCGCGUUUGCUUUGGUGGUAUUCGACCGGACUUUGUGCACGCAUCUUCUAUUGAGAAGCUGCUGAUUGGCAGCAAUCCCUUUGAGAAUUCUUUGCUAGAGCGGGCUUUUAGCAAUCUGGAAUCCAUUCUUCAGCCUGAUGAAGUGCUACCUGACGCUUCGCCUGCCUAUAGACGCAAGCUGGCCUGCGGCUUGUUCUACAAGUUCCUUCUGAAGGCGGCGACUCAACGUCAAAAGACAGUCGCGAAGAAGCAUGAAACGGGAGGUCUGCUGCUACAACGUCCAGUUUCUAGUGGAAAGCAGAGCUUUGAGACAUUUUCACAGCAUUACCCGGUGACGAAACCAACGGAUAAGCACGAGGGUCUCAUUCAAUGUGCUGGUGAGGCUACUUAUGCCAACGAUCUUCCCACGCAACACAAUCAGCUGUGGGCAGCGUUUGUGACUGCGAAACGAAUUGGUGCAGUGGUCACCAAAGUGGACAUAUCGGCUGCUAUGGCUCUGGAUGGUGUGGUGGCAUAUUUGGAUGCAAAGGAUAUACCUGGACCCAACGAUGUGACUGCUGCGACAAAAGACGCCUUCUUUUUUCCCAUGCCUCAACAAUUGUUUGCCACGGGUCGUAUUCAGUUCUACCAGCAGCCAAUCGGUAUGAUACUAGCCACUUCGAACGCUCUGGCGAAUCGUGCUGCGGAAUUGGUAGACCUGAGCUACGAGGGAGGUGCAGAGCAGGUGCUGCCCAGCAUGAAGCAUGUCUUGGCAUCAGCUGCCUCUGGCGACCGCAUCAAGCAACCGGUAAAGUCAUUGAUCGAUGUUUUGGACUUAAAGGAAGAUUUUCAGAUAUCGUCCAGUGGUCAGUUGGAUAUGGGCUUGCAGUAUCAUUACUUCCUGGAGCCGCAUACGACAGUAGCGAUACCUUUUGAGGGUGGACUGCAAGUGUAUGCAGCCACUCAGUGGAUGGACUUGACGCAGGAUGUUAUAUCUAAAAUGCUCAACUUGAAGAAUAACGAGGUGCAGGUGAAGACGCGACGCAUUGGCGGCGGAUAUGGCGGCAAGGGUGAAUGUGGCAAUCUAGUUGCAACAGCCGCUGCAUUAGCCGCUCAGAAGCUGCGACGAACAGUGCGCUUUGUGCAGUCGUUGGAAUCUAUUAUGACUUCGACGGGCAAACGCUGGGCUUUCCAUUUGGACUAUGACUUCUUUGCCAAGUCGAAUGGCAGAAUUGUGGGCAUAAACAGUCGAUUCUAUGAGGAUGCGGGUUAUAUGGAGAAAAUGUCGCCAAUGGGUCAUACCACAAUGUUGUCCAAGAACUGUUACGAGUUCAGCGAUAACUUUAAGCUUGAUGGCUACAUGGUAAUGUCGGAUUCACCAAGCAGCACCUCCUGUCGUGCUCCAGGCUCUGUAGAGGGAGUUGCUUUGAUCGAAAACAUAAUAGAGCAUAUUGCCUUUGAAGCUGACCUUGAUCCGGCGGAUGUGCGCUAUGCAAAUUUGCUGCCGCAGCACAAAAUGGGUGAGAUGAUGCCCAGAUUCUUAGAGAACACGUUAUAUAAAGAACGCCGCGCUGAGAUCUUGAGCUUUAACAAGGAACAUCGCUGGCGCAAGCGCGGCCUGGGCUUGUCUAUAUUGGAAUAUCAAAUGGGUUACUUUGGACAGUUUCCAGCUACGGUCGCUAUUUAUCAUGGCGACGGUACUGUUGUCGUUGCCCAUGGGGGCAUUGAAAUGGGUCAAGGCAUGAACACCAAGAUUGCUCAAGUAGCUGCCCAUAUACUGGAGAUUCCAUUGGAUCAGAUACGCAUAGAGGCAAGUGAUACCAUCAAUGGUGCCAACUCAAUGGUCACUGGGGGCUCCAUAGGCAGCGAGGCGGUUUGCUAUGCUGUGCGCAAGGCCUGCGAAACACUGAACCUACGCCUGGCGCCUGUCAAAGAGGAAAUUAAACCUGCGAACUGGCAGCAACUCAUCAAUGAGGCUUAUAAUCGCAAGGUGAAUUUGAUAGCCAGUGAUCAGUGCAAGCAAGACGACAUGGAACCAUACUCUGUGUGUGCUUUGUCCUUGACGGAGGUUGAAAUGGAUGUGCUAACAGGCAACUAUCUGAUCACGCGCGUGGAUUUAUUGGAGGAUACUGGCGAGAGCUUGAACCCCAAUGUGGAUAUUGGUCAGAUCGAGGGAGCUUUCAUGAUGGGCUUGGGAUACUGGACAAGUGAACAGAUUGUCGUUGAUCCUGUCACAGGCGAAUGCCUUACGAAUCGCACUUGGAACUACAAGCCACCUGGUGCCAAGGAUAUACCCAUUGAUUUCCGCAUCGAGCUGCUGCCUAAGAGCCCCAACAAGGCGGGCUUCAUGAGAUCCAAGGCUACUGGAGAGCCCGCCAUUUGCACGGCCGUUUCGGUGGCGUUUGCCUUGCAGCAAGCGCUACAGGCGGCGCGUGACGACGCUGGUGUACCCAAGUCCUGGGUAACGCUGAAUGCGCCAAUGACACCCGAGCUGCUGGUGCUGCAUGCUGGCACAGAGGCCAGUCAGCUUAGGUUAAGCUAAGGGACAUGCCUCGUUGAACCCACCACUGAAGACCAACUCCAAGACCAAGAAAGCGCAAGAGAUACGCCACGUGGCCGCAAAAGCGCCGAUGGGUACGCGCCGAUAAGCUAAUAUAAAAUGCAUAUUGAAGUAUGUGUUUGCCUGUGUAGCACACACCUUAUUUUGUUUUUUAUGCACAAUAAAUUAGAAACUUAUCCAAGGCAAA